CAGACGGUGGCGAUAAUGCGCCAUGACCUUUGUUUGCUAACCGCCAUAAACCUCAAGAAGAAGAAGAAAAAGAGGCAGACGAAGAAGAAGAAGAAGAAGACUACGCUCACUCAACAAAACAAAAUGUAUGCUAGUUUUGAAGAGAGGUUGUGCGAGGAGAUCCGCCGUUACCCGCAUUUAUAUAACUCGUCUUUGAAGGAAUACAAAGACAGCCAACUGUUAUUGAACUCAUGGCGGGAAAUCGCGCAAACGCUUGGGAGAGAUGAGACUGCCUGUCGUCAAAAGUGGAAAUAUCUGCGAGACAGAUAUGUAAGGGCCAAGAGAAAGCUGAAAGGCAGGAAUGGCAGGGUUGCCUACCCACCUCCCAUUAUUACCAAGUUAGACUGGCUCGCUGACUUCAUCAAGCAUCGUGCCACGGACCCGAACUUUCCAGGAGAGUGCGAAGGAUCUAGUGAACCUAUGGUGUUGCAGUUGGAGUGCAUUGCUGCUGGUCCUCCUGCUGAACAAGUCCCUCUGUGUUCAGCAAGGAACCUUUCCCUGCCUGUUCUGGGAGAACCAUUGCUGCCCUCGGCAUCCCAAGAAACUGCACCAUCUUCUCUCUACCUGCAUCUGUCAUCAGAUUCUCAUCUUCCUCUGUCAUCCCUGCGCCUCCUGGUUCCCCCACUAAGGUUGAUGUCAGCCUGUAUGUGGCAGGUGGCCCUGGAGCGAAACGUGGAACAAUAUGGAAAACUAGCUGAAUUCAUCACGUUGGUGACAGAGAUGGUCCCCGAGCUCAUGAACUACAAGCAGAGGACUCAGCUGAUCCUGGGACUAAGAUCUCGGGUCAUCUUGGAAUUUCUAAAGAAGGUGGAUCCCAUUGACUGUGAUGCUAUCCAGGAACAGCUCAACAUUUUCCAAAACGGCACAACAAAUUGCAAGGUGGAAGAGGAUGAAGAUGGAGAAGUGGAGAUAUCAAAGUCAGCAUUUGUGGAGCUGGUUCAAACGUUACUCCGUGACAAAUAUGAAAAGGAUAAAUUUCUCAAGGAUGUGUUCCCAGACCUGUAUGGACCCCGUUUCGAUACAGUGUUGCAGAUCCUCUUGUGGGAGUUCCUCUACCGACUAGAAGAAUUCCUCUCAAUACCAAGUUUUUCAAAGGUGUCCUCCAUGUUUGACCUGUCUUCCUUUGACUUCCAUUUUGAGCAGUUUGUCUCUGAUCAUGAGGAUCUGAAGAAGAUUCUGCAGCAUCAGAAACAGCGACAAAAGUUGACUAAAAGUGAGUUCUCCUUCAUGUCGGACACUAUUUUAUCCACACUUGCAUCUAAGCAGACAUCAGUGGCAUCAGAAGAUCACAUUGAUAGUAUAAUAAGUGGGAAAGGUGGUGACAGCAGUGAUGAAGAGACUGACGACAGUUCCAGUGAAGUUAAUCCAUACACUCGGCCGCAGGACUGUGGACUGUCACCACUCACUUCUUCUCCUUGUUCUGAAGAAGGUGGUGCAGCAAGUGACAGUGAAACAGUUGGUGAAGCCUCCUUCCAGCAACCUAGAUGCUCAAAAAGGUCAAUGAAAGGAGCAAAGGAACAUCUGGAACUGAGUAGAAACAAGGAGCCAUCAGAAGAGAGCACGAUCAAGUCCUCAACAGAAGGCAGAUCUGAUGUCUCCCCUCCGUUCAGGGAGGACGCCAUAAGAGCCAAUAAAAACACCUGCCUGGAGUGUGGCAAGACUUUCGCAUCUCGUUCCAAAUUAAAAAAACAUUGUUCCGUUCACUCUUCGGAGCGACCUUUCAAGUGCACUCAGUGCGAAAAGACAUAUAAAAGUCCUAAAGAUCUCAAUCAGCAUUUCCUUAUUCACUCUAACUCUGGAGGGCUGUCCUUCGCUUGCAGCCUUUGUGAGAAGAAAUUUAGGUUUCACUCUUCGCUUACAGUUCAUCUGCGACGUCAUAAUGGAGAAAGGCCAUUCCCCUGCUCGUACUGCAACAAGAGGUUCCUGACAAAAUCAGUUUUGAAGUCCCACAUGCGCAUUCACACUGGUGAACGCCCGUAUGCCUGUACUUUUUGCGACAAGAAAUUCACACAGCCAUAUCCGCGCACUGUUCAUCUCAGGAUGCAUAUGAAAGAGAAGCCGUAUCUGUGCAGCACCUGUGGUAUGUCUUUCUGUAGCUCCGGCGCCCUGCUGGUGCAUUCACGAACUCACACGGGGGAGCGGCCUCAUCAGUGUGAAUCCUGCGGAAAAAGUUUCGUCUCAGCUGCACAGCUAAUAGUACAUCGUAGGUACCACACAGGAGAGAGGCCAUAUCCUUGCUCACAAUGUGACAAAUCCUUUCACUGUAGUUCAGGACUGAAGAAACACAUGAGGACGCACACGGGAGAGAAACCUCACCAGUGUUCAACGUGUCACAAGACGUUUUCACAAAAAUCUAACAUGAAGAUACACCUCAAAGUCCACAGGACUGUCUAGCAUGCUGUUGUGGAGGUUUUUAGCGACAGGUUGUUUUCAUGUGCACUGUAUCUUAAGUAAUAGAUGACAAUAGUGCAUUUUUAUAUCAGUAAAUUACUAACAACAUGUAUGUCUCAAUGUGUAUGUAAAUACAGACUUGGGAUACUGAAAUAUUACACGUUGUAGUGAAUGUAAACACACCUCAUGUUUUGUGGGGACUAUAUUAUUAAAGAGCAUAAGGUUUUGUGUUAUACCCUUGUACCUUAUCGGACAAAGCGCUUUACAAUUUUUGCCUCUCAUUUACCCAUGCAUACACACACACACACUGAUGGUGGCAGAGCUUCCAUGCAAGGUGCUGGCCUGACCAUCGGGAGCAACAUGGGGUUCAGUGUCUUGCUCAAGGACACUUUGACACAUGGGCAGGAAAAGCCGGGGGAAUUGAACCAGCCACCCCUAAUGUGUUGACUAGAGAUUUUAAAUGCUGCUUUAUUUUAUCUCUUAAGAUACUCAAUUAUAGAUAUUUCAGAAUUACGGUAAUAAACUUUGGGGUUUUCACGAUA